AUGGUUGCGAAUCAAGCAUCCCGCAUUGGCGGAGUGCUCCGAAAUCGUUCAAGACUUGUGUGUCAGCGGUGUCACUUCCGGAAGGUCAAGUGCGACUUGAUCUUGCGACUCCACAAGGGCACUUGCACGAACUGCGAAAAACGUGCCGAGUCCUGUCAAACGAGGGAACAUAAAAAGUCACACAGUGGAUGUAUUCCGCCAUCCCAAUCAGCUGCUCACUUGGAUCUGUCGCCGCUCGGUAGUCUCGGCACGACACCGCAAGGUCCUUCGUCCAUCGAGGAAUCAGUCGCGCCUGGAAGUGCUAGCCGAAAUCUGCCCCAGGAUACAUGUGCAUCGGGCAAUUUGGCAUACGUCGGAGGGCUUGCGGUAUUGCCAAAUCAUAGACCGCUACCUUCAGAUGCCUCGAAGGUUGUUGGCUCCUUCUGUAGGUCCAUCGAGGAGCAAACGGUGGUUACCACAGAAGCAGACCAUUUACCACCGCAGUCGAUGAUCGACGCCCUCACUGCGGCAUACUUCCAAUAUCUCUACCAUAGAAUGCCAGUUGUGGAUCGCCAAGACGUCGUCCCCACCUGCCAGUCCACGCUUCUGUUACAGUCUCUAUGUCUAGCGGGGUCUAUUCUCCGCCAUCCAAAGUCAACAAGAUGCUUAUUGGAAAGCGAAAAAUACUACUCAAGAGCAAAAGCUUUAUUCUAUACGAACCACGAGCGAGAUCCCAUUACCAUCCUCAAGGCUUUGUGUUUACUCGCUCUGUGGAAUGUCACUCCUCCCGCUGUGAUAACGGUAGACAACAGCUGGAAUUGGCUCGGUCUUGCUAUCCGCUUUGCGUUUCAAAUUGGUCUUCAUCAGGAAUCGACGUAUGCGCAAAUAUCCAACCCUGGUUGUGCUCGCAGAAUAGCGUGGUUUCUCUACGCACAUGACAAGUUACACGCGGCAUGCUUUGGCCGGCCCCAAAUGAUCAAGUCGCAAGACUUUGAUUUACAUCCACCGUGUGUCACAGACUUUGAAGACCCCAGAACGGACCAAGCCCGCUUGUUCGUUCUCUACGUAAAGUUGAUGACCAUUUAG